GUGAUAUAUCAAACCGCAAAAAAUGCCUUUAUACACAAAUUUAUGUGUCUCUACUCACUAUUAUAUAUAUCAUUAUAAAAGCCAAAACUAGUGUGUAAUCAUGAUCAAUGGAAUACACAUCUGUCUACAUACACCUCCUUCUAUUUAUUUUUUCUGCAUCUAUGAACCCUAAUUGAUCAAGUCCCAAAUCCAAAUAGAAAAAACCCCUUUUUGUUGUUUUGAUUUGGAUAAAGAAAUAAACUUGAUUUUUUGUUUGAGAAAGGUAUGAAAGUGGUGCUAGUAUGGAGAUGUAGGAGAUUCGAACUGAGGAGUGCAAAUUUCCAAGAAUGAGUAACAAGGAGGAUGAGCAGUACCACCAAUACGAUGUUGGAGAAGUCAAAAAGAGUAGUGACCUAGGUGGUGGGAUUGGGAAAUUAUAUGGGUGGCCUACAUCAAGAAUUGUUAGAGUUUCUCGUGCAUCUGGAGGGAAAGAUAGGCAUAGCAAAGUAUUGACUUCAAAGGGAUUAAGAGACAGACGUGUCCGCCUCUCUGUCAAUACUGCUAUACAGUUCUAUGAUUUGCAAGACCGCCUCGGCUGUGAUCAGCCCAGCAAGGUUGUAGAGUGGUUGUUAAAAGCAGCCGCUCCUUCAAUCGCUGAGCUUCCACCUCUUGAGGCAUUUCAAGAUACACUGCAGCUCAGCGAUGAGAAAAGGUCAAGAGAGCCGCGUUUUGAUUCAGCUGAUGUUGAAAUGGAUGAUGAUCUUAAUUAUAAUCAGCAGCAACAACAACAACAACCUUGUUGUAGUAAUUCUGAGACAAGCAAAGGUUCUGGAUUGUCACUUUCCAGAUCUGAUAGCCGGGUCAAGGCACGGGAGCGAGCAAGGGAAAGGGCUACAGAGAAAGUAAACACUGUUGCUAAUCAUCGCCAAAAUAUGCACCCUAGCUCUUCUUUUACGGAACUAUUGACUGGUGGUAUGAGCGAUAACAACAACAAGAGUAGUGUUAAUGAUGAUCAAAACACACCGAGACAAUGGUCUACAAAUCCCUUGGAGUAUUUUACGGACAACCAAAUUUAUUUGGGAAAUCCAUUAAGACCGGUGUCUUCACCAAUGUUUAGUAUUACAGGUGAUCAUCGACCCGAGAUGCAGCAUUUCCCAUUCGGCGGCGACCUAGUCCCAGUUGUGACAAGUACUAAUAACGAGUACAAUUUGAACUUCAGCAUUUCUUCAUCAUCUGGUUUCAAUAGGGGGACCCUUCAGUCCAAUUCUUCCUCUACUUUGCCACAAUACCAGAGGUACGGAUCAUAUCUUGGUUCCACAACUGAAUAUGACAACCGGCAUUCAGAUCAGAAAGGAAAAGGAAAGAAGUAACUUCAAGUUCCAUCUGGUAAGUUUUCAAUUCAUAU